GUGACUGCUUUGCAUCCAUUUGUUAUGCAUCAACAGGGCGUGCCCCACUCUGUCCCAGCGCAUGUUACUCAAUCUCAUGUUGGACAUUUUCACUCAGUACCUGCAAUUUCAUCUCUUCAACAUUGGCAGAACCAACAGGCUGCAUCAGAGGGUUUGCAGGUGCCAACUCACAACCAAUAUCCUUCAUCUCAAACUGAUCAGAGCUUGUUGAGACCAGAUACUAAUUAUGACUAUGAAGUGUCUGUAAAUGGACAAGCUAUUCACCCAGACUAUUUAGAUGUUCAUGCGAGCCAAGGAAUGGAGCCUGAUACUGUGAUCACUGCAUCAGUUCCAGAAGGACAGGUUCUUGAGCAGGUUGAUAAAAGCUACCUGGUAGCCCCACAACCCCAACAGAGCUUGCAACAUAUUUCUUCCCAGUUUCGCGAGGCUCUAAGAAUAGAUUCUCUUUCACAGGAUAGUGAAACCAAGGAGAAGAUCAUUACCUCUUCGACUAAUCAUGGCUUGGAGGUUCAAGAGUUCAUUACAGAGCAAGCAAGUUCUGCAAAUACACAAUCAUCUGAAACACCAAUCACUCAUGUGAAUUUCAGUGAAACCACAAUGAACAAUGCCACUGGUGUGGUUUCAUCUGAAUCAUUUGUCUCGUCUGGGGAGAAAAAUGUACAUCCUGGUGGAAAGACUUCAGAGACAGCUCUUCUUGAUGAAAGAUCAUUGUUGGCUUGCAUUGUUCGCACAAUACCACCUGGAUCUGGUGGUAGAAUCAGGAUUAGCUCGACGCUUCCAAAUAGGCUUAGCAAAAUGCUUGCCCCUCUACAUUGGCAUGAUUACAAGAAAAAAUAUGGAAAGCUUGAUGAUUUUGUGGCUGGUCAUCCUGAAUUAUUCUUAAUUGAAGAGGACUAUAUACAACUUCGAGAGGGUGCACAAGAAAUCAUUGCGGCUACAGCUGCUGUUGCCAAAGUCGCAGCAGCAGCUAAAACAGCAUCUUCUCCUUAUUCAUCAUUGUUGCCAUCUGUUGCUGUUACUCCCAUGGCACAAUCUCACCGACUAAAGAGGGCCCCAUCCAUUGAUUCUUCCAGACCUGCAAGUGCCACUGAUAAUCAUUCGCAGCUCUCAGUGCAGAAUCAGCAUUCUAAUGGUGUUCAUCUAAAUGCUGGAGGUAUCUCAAAUAUUAAAAUUUUGAGCAAACCAAAAGAUCCUCUGGAACUGAAUGGCGCUGAAAGUAGGCCUGGCCAGUCAUCUGGACUUGUGGCAGUUGGAAAUGGAGCAAACCCUGAUAGGUCUGGUUUGGGCAAUUCUCUAAGCAAGGGGAGGUCUAGUGCGAAUUUUGUGGGAAAACUGCAGGGCAGGGCAACGGGGGUUGCAUCAACUUCUAGAAGAUAGGUACAAUUUGGACAUCUUCCCGAUCAAAUGAACGUUCAUCAAUGUGCACAGAUCUAGGGGAUGAUGAUAGCAUUUGAGGGAGAGUUUCUAGGUUGAAAUCUCUCGUAUCUUUUGCAUUUGAUAGAAUUAUCUGAUUGGAAUCCUUUAAUUGUCCCCCUCUCCUGCACCUCUCUUGUUUUCGUUUUGGAAGAACUGUUUAUUUUUACAUAUUUUUACUCAGAACUGUACAUCCAUCUGCCUGCUGUGAUAUUCAUAUCCACGAUUGCAUCUGUUAUCUGGCAGCUUGCAAAAGUAGUCUGGCAGCGUACUUUUUUGUCUGCGGAUUCUAAAUUAUUGGAAAAUAUUGUUUCCUGAAUUGGCUGAACUCUUCUUUUCAAUUAUUAAAUGUGUUUGUAUCGAUGCUGUCUGGAUAAA